UGGGACCUGGUGUCACCAAAAGGAAGUUUGCGACAGUCCCUGCCCAGCCAGGAGUGUAAAGAGCCUUUUUCUCUGCACUUGGCAGAAGAAGAGGGUAGCAAUUUUGUUGGAAAUUUCUGCUUUGAUGGCGUAAUCCAAAAAAUCCAAGUGCACGCCAACAUCUCCAUCACAGCUCCAGGACAGCAGUUAAGCAGGAUGACGGGGUCUUUCCUCAAUAUCAGCGUCAGCGAGGAGAUCACAGAGACCAUUAUUUAUGCGGUCAGUCCUGACACGAUGUCUCCAACACUGCUGGCGACCCCCAACUGGCCUCGGGGUAUGAAAUCUUACCGCACCCUAAGCUGGAUCGUCACGCUGCCCAACCAGUACAAAGCCCAGCUCAAUUUUAACGUCACACAGCCUCAAUGUAAAGAGGGACACACAGGAAUCGAUGUGAGGACGAUAGAGAACAGAGAGCUGAAACUAAGUAUUACAGAAAAUGAUCCGCCGGUGGUGGAACAGUUGGUGGGUGAGAGUUUCUAUCUCAACAUGUCCAACUGUGAACCAGAGACUCGUCAAUUUAGUGCACUGACCACAAUCAAUCUGCAGAGGAAGCAGAAUUUCUUACCCAUCGUCCUUGGGAUAUCAGGAGCUAUUUUGCUUUUGCUUCUAGUGCUAGCUGUUGUAUGCAUUGUCACAAAGAAAAAGAAAAAUCAAAAAAAGAACAGGGGAUCGUCCAUAUACAUGCCCAAAGGGAAUAUCUUCCGGCCAUCUGACAUGCACUUCACCAAAACCAGAUCUGAAAAUGAAUCUCACGUCUAUGACUCCAUAGAUGAUACGAUGGUCUAUGGCCAUCUGCUGAGUAACUCCAGCCACGGUGAGGCGUUUCCAGACCAGUAUAACGGCAUUCAGACAGACACCUACCGCACUUUCACAGGCCCCGCUGAUGGAGUGCUGCCUGUCAUUAAAGAACCAGAUCCACAGCCCGAGGACAAAACGUUUAUGGAUCCCUCUGAGACUUUCAUACCAUCCCGUCCACGUACUCCCAUCAACCGACAGGACAGCCUCGGCUUCCAGGACCGCAGGAUGAUUGACAAUGAGCUAUACACAUUCAAGACCACAGGGGACAUAAACACCAUCCGACUCUCUGCUGCUGAUAUGGAGCCCAUACCGGAUGACUAUUUGUAGUGUGUCAGGACCACAGCCAUCCAAUGAACUGCUAUUACAAAAUCCCCCUUACAGCACCAAGUAUCUGCCAAGGGGUACUCAUGCACGUGUCCGUGCUGUGACUAUACUCAGGGAGUCUGAGCUUAUAUAUCUAAGCGGUAUUUGGUAGAACUCAGUCUGCUCUAGAGAUCCAAGAGUGAAAGCAGUGAGCCCUGUUUUUAAAAGUCUGGAAAAUAACGUCCCUGGGAUACAAAGAGUGCAUGUACAAAAGCUUUUCCUUUAUGCUUGUGCAACGUUUCAUAACAUUGUGGUCUCACUAAUGGCUCAGACAUAAGAAACACAUCUGGCUCGACCCAUCGCAGCUCUAGACAAAUGCAGUUAGUAGAGAAAAGCAAAAAGCAUACUUACUGCAGUGUUGAGGCAGCCAUGAACCUCAAUGUGAAAGCACACGAUUGGCUCAUGUAGUUCCAACAUGAGCUGUUGAUGUUUUUUUUUUUGUUUGUUUUUUAGGUGCUUUAUGUAAUUGUCCCAUAGCUUUUUAUUAAGGAUCCUUGAUCCCAGAGAUAUGGCUCACAUCUUUUCAUCUUACUCCCAGACAGAAAAAGCAGCAACUACUAUUUCUUGAAUGUUUGUUUGGUUUUAUUUUUUUUAAAAACUUGUUUAAA